AUGAAUAAUAGUAUUGAACUCCCACGUUCGCACAUGAAAACGCAUCAGAGCUUGCGCACAGUUUUAAAUAAGUGCCCAAUUGCAGGAGGGUCUGUUUGCUGAAUUUCUCAGCCAUUUAAACGCUUCUCUUUGACGAAUCAACUUUUGCCCAUUUAUCCUUUAUUUCUAAACCUCCCCUUUUCUGUCAGAUUCAUCUUUUUUUCCCCCGAUUUUACUGCCCCUUUUCUACGACCAUAAUGCCACUGGAUUCCUCUUCUGAACAAGACCAGGAGGAUUCUGAAGCUGAGUUCGUUGAAAUUGAUCCCACUGGUCGUUACGGUCGGUACAAAGUGGUUUUAGGAAGAGGGGCUUUCAAAAAAGUAUAUAGAGCAUUUGAUGAAUUGGAAGGAAUUGAAGUAGCAUGGAAUCAGGUUAAGGUUGCUGAUCUAUUACGUAAUUCUGAGGAUUUGGAGCGUCUCUAUUCAGAAGUUCAUUUGCUUAAAACUCUGAAACACAAGAACAUUAUUAAAUUUUAUAAUUCCUGGGUUGAUACUAAAAAUGAGAGUAUCAAUUUUAUUACUGAGAUUUUCACUUCCGGUACACUGCGCCAGUAUAGAAAGAAACAUAAGCAUGUUGAUCUAAGAGCAUUGAAGAAGUGGUCUAGGCAGAUUUUAGAAGGUCUUUCUUAUCUUCACAGUCAUGACCCACCAAUUAUUCAUCGAGAUCUCAAGUGUGACAAUAUUUUUGUAAAUGGAAAUCAAGGUGAAGUGAAAAUUGGUGAUCUGGGAUUGGCUGCCAUUCUUCAACAGGCACGUUCAGCUCAUAGUGUCAUUGGCACACCUGAAUUCAUGGCACCGGAGCUCUAUGAAGAGGAAUACAAUGAACUUGUGGAUAUAUAUGCCUUUGGCAUGUGCUUGCUAGAACUAGUGACCUUUGAAUAUCCCUAUGUUGAAUGCACCAAUGCUGCCCAAAUAUACAAGAAAGUGACAUCAGGAAUAAAGCCAGCAUCAUUGGCAAAAGUGACAGAUCCUGGUGUUCGAGCAUUUAUAGAAAAAUGCAUUGCAAAAGUCUCUGACCGGUUGUCUGCCAAGGAACUUUUGGGAGAUCCCUUUCUACAAUCAGAUGAGGAAAAUGAGAGUACAGGUCGUUCUGCACAAGCCAGAAUUCAUCAUUCAGCUGGGACUUCUAGUCAGGUAAAAGUUGAUAGAAAUGCCCAGUAUCCUCCAGCUGUGACAAGUGGGGACUUUACCGUGCAAGGUCACCGGAGGGACAAUAACACUAUUUUUCUUAAACUAAGAAUAGCAGAUUCCACAGGCCAUUUUCACAAUAUCCACUUCCCAUUUGAUAUACCGGUAGACACAGCGAAUUCUGUUGCUAGUGAAAUGGUUAAUGAGUUGAAUCUGACAGAUCAAGAUGUCUCAGCAAUUGCAGCAAUGAUCAACUCAGAAAUUCAGACUCAUAUUCCAGAUUGGGAACCUAGAGAAGUUUCUGGGGAUAAUCUUUCUGAAGAGGUUGCAAAUUUUGAUAGGCGUUCCCCUAAAACCAAGGAUAACACUUCUCCCUUGAGAAAUGACCCAAUCCUGCCUUUUGGUGGCCUCCAAUUAGAGAGAUUGCCAUCAGGUCAUAAGUACUGGUCUGACUCACCCAAGGGAGUCAGUAGGAGCUCUCAAGGCAUGUCUGCUAUGUCAAACCUGUCACCUUCAACUUUAAACGUUGAAAAUAGAUUGACUGACAAUGAUGCAAGGAUUCCUAACAGCAGAAGAGAUGGUGAGAGUCCAAAUGGUGCUGCGUCGCUUGAACAGCUGGAGGCUGGAGGUUUGUCUUGCAAAAAUGAUGAUGUUGAAGGAAAAGAACGUAGUGGAAUUUCUGAUUCACAAUCAGGAGAGGUCAAGAAAAUUGUGGAGGAACUCAAGCAGCUAUUUGUAAAGCAACAACAGGAGGUAGACAAGUUAAAGCAGAAGCAUAAGUUAGCUGUAUCAGAGUUUCUGAAGGAACUAUCCACAGAAAUUCGUGAAAAGGUUUUAGAUGAAUUUAAGCUGAACAUUCCUGAAUUUAGGCCAGACUGAGGCACUGUUAAACUGAAACAAGUUGCAAAUCCCUGUUGUACAAUUCGAAGUGUUUCCAUUGCACAUCUGCAACAUGGAAAUAGUUGGUAAUGUCAUGCAUCUUAUACAAGACCAAACAUUUUUCAGGAAGUUCAUAGAUUCUUUACUCUUGUCAAUUAAGUUGGCAGUAUGAGUAGCAGAACAUGGUGCCUUGAGAACAGGUUUUACUAAAGAGGAUUAUAUGUCUGGGAACUCCAAUUUAUGCCCUGGUUGAACAUUAUUGAAAAAAAAACCCAGCUUGUUUUUGAGAGUUGACGUGUCACAUGUCAAAAGGAAACCAUGCCUAAUUUUAUUUUCCCCAAAUUUGCCGUGCUGCAGGUGCAAUAUUGCUCUGGACGUUAGUGUAGUAAGGUGAGUUAUGAAUUAUAGUUUGAUAAAGGUCAUCAAUGAAUUGUAUGGAUUUUAUACCUGUAAAUAUAGCUUGUAGGCAAGUUUAGCCGUUCCAGAUUACUGUUGUUGAAAAUGCGAAUAUGUUUCAGUGUUAUUGGGGACUUGUUUGUGUUGUGAUAAGGGUGAAGAUUCACAGAAAGUUGAAUUGUUUUUGUUGCAUGCUUGCCGAAUGUCUAUUUGGCAGUUAUGUUGUUCAUAAUAAAAUGGAAUUGUUGGUUUUA